AUGCCUCCUAUAAGACGAAGCAAUUUAGGUAGAAGAACCAGAAAUGCUACAAACCAAGCUAAUUACCGAUCUAAUCGUACUGCACAAGAACGUGACGACGGAAAUGAACGUGAAAGAAUUCGGAUAUCACAAACGCGUGAAGCGCGAGCGCGACAUUCAACUAAUAAUCGCGCAAGUUUGAAUCGAGCCGCUUUCAGUUACGAUGUGUCAAUUGACUACAGUAACUACCAAUGUGUUGUUAUUGGUUCUAUGAACUCGGUUUGCUCACACUGUAAGGCAUUAAAGUACAAAAACGAAGCCAAUGGAUUGUGUUGCGCAAAUGGUAAAGUGAAAUUGAUACCAUUGGAUCCACCACCAGAACCAUUGUACUCAUUGGUUUCAGGAAUAGGAACAGAUUCUAUACACUUUUUGACACAUAUCCAACAAUAUAACAAUUGCUUUCAAAUGACUUCAUUUGGGGCAACAAAUGUAGUUCGGGAAAAUUUUAUGCUAACUUUCAAGAUACAAGGGCAAAUAUAUCACAGAGCAGGUUCACUGUUACCAGUGUCAGAUAGCGACAACAAAUUCCUGCAAAUUUAUUUUAUGGGCAAUUCACCACAAGAAAUUGAUCUGCGUUGUGCACAUAACAAUUUAGUAAAGAGGUCUAUUAUAGAACAAUUACAAACUUUAUUUCAUCAACACAAUCAAUUGAUUAUAUUGUUUAAAACUGCCCUGGAUCUGAUGCCAUCCGAUAAUCACAAAAUUGUAAUCAGAGCUGAUAAAACACCUGCAGGUCAACAUACAAGACGUUUUAAUGCACCAACUAUUGAUGAAGUUGCUAUCGUUGUAGUUGGAGAAAACUUGGAAUCCCGUGAUAUUGUUUUACAUCGUCGGAAUGAUCAAUUACAACGUAUAAAGGAAACACACCGCUCAUAUGAUGCACUGCAAUAUCCCAUUAUAUUUUGGCAAGGUGAAGAUGACUACGAUUUCUCAACAAAAAUGAUAAAUCCCAUUACAGGUUCUGAAACCAACAGAAAAGUCAGUUCAAUGAACUAUUAUUCAUACCGCCUAAUGAUUCGGGAAAAUGAAGAUAAUCACAUAUUGAAAUGUCGGCGAUUAUAUCACAAAUAUGUUGUUGACAUGUAUGUUAAAAUUGAAACGGAGAGAUUAACAUUCAUCAGGUUGAAUCAAACCAAACUCCGAUCUGAAGAGUAUAUUCACCUUCGAGAUGCGAUUAAUACUGAUGGAAAUGCACAGAAUGUCGGUCGGAUGACUAUUCUUCCAGCAACAUACAUCGAAAGCCCUCGGCAUAUGCACGAAUAUGCUCAAGAUGCCAUGUCGUACGUUCGUCAUUAUGGUACAGCAGAUUUGUUCAUCACAUUUACAUGCAAUCCGCAAUGGAUAGAAAUCAAGCAGGAGUUAUUCUCUGGGCAAUCACCCAUUGAUCGUCAUAAUAUUACAGCCAGAGUCUUUAGACAAAAGUUGAAAUCAUUAAUGGAUUUCAUCGUAAAACAUAAUGUGUUUGGUGAGACACGCUGCUGGAUGUAUUCUGUGGAGUGGCAGAAACGAGGAUUGCCACAUGCACACAUUUUGAUUUGGUUGGUUGAAAAGAUAAGGCCAAAUGAAGUUGAUGCAGUGAUAUCAGCUGAAAUCCCUGAUGUACAAGUAGAUCCUGGAUUACAUGAGGUAGUUAUCAAACACAUGAUACAUGGUCCCUGUGGAAAUCAAAAUUCACCGUGUAUGAUGGAUGGUAAAUGUUCAAAACGAUAUCCACGGGCAUUAAUAUCGGAAACAAUUACUGGUAAUGACGGUUAUCCAUUGUAUCGUCGCAGAUCGACAGCAGACAAUGGAAAAUCAACAAUUGUCAAAUUAAAUCAACAAGAUAUUGAAAUAGAUAAUCGUUGGAUUGUUCCAUAUUCACCCAUUUUAUCAAAGACAUUCAAAGCACACAUCAACGUUGAAUCUUGCCAUUCAGUGAAAUCAAUUAAAUACAUUUGCAAAUAUGUAACCAAAGGGAGUGAUAUGGCUGUGAUUGGAAUUGGUGCAGAGAAUUCCAAUAAUGAAGUUACCCAAUACCAAAUGGGCCGCUAUGUCAGUAGUAAUGAAGCAGUUUGA